AUGACAGAAGAGGAUAACAAGUUCUUACUCUUCUACAUGGUUGAGAAAAACCAUUUGAAAAAUAAAUGCCAUUUGGACAAAGACUAAUUCCACUGAAUGAGUAAAAAUUUUUUAUAAAAAAAUAUCUAAUGGUAAUAUAAAAAAAACUUGUAUAUUAAUUUUAAUAAGUUACUCUUAAAUAAAAAAUUUACUAUAUAAAAUAAAAAAAUCCCUCAAAGAGCGAUACCAGAAAUUUUUUCAAUUCACUGAGGAGAUUUAGACGCUUUGACGUCAGAAUUUGCAGAUGUUCUUGAUCAUGCAAUAAACAAGAAAUAUAUUGUAUGCAUUCCAUCACCUUCCUCAAUUGUAGGGAUAGAGAUCGAUAGAAGAUUUGUGAGUAAAUUCUAAUCAGUGCAUCAUAUGAUAAAGCCAUCUCCUUAUGUCGAGCAUCUCUUCCAAACGAUGACUGGGAAAAAAUCUAUUAUACCAUCAAUAAGCGAAAAUUAUUUUUAUUUAACGCAGUUUUUCUAUAGGAGAUUUUAAAAUCAUAAUCUAUUAAUAAAGAAUGGAGAAAUAAAAUCCCAUACAGGCUACUCUAACAAGUUUACCUUACAAAUCAUAAAAGAAGAAAAUGCUCAUGAUAAUAAUGGACGGGUUUAUAAACAAAUUUUAGUUAGCGCUCCACUGGAUGAUUCAGAACAAAAAUCUGCUAUGCUGCCUCCUGAGCCGAUUUACAAAUUUUAUUCCGCAAGAGAAUAUAUCGGCUACUUAGAAUGCGCAGUUGAAGGAUCAGAAGCAGCUCUUAUGUACUCUCAAGCCUUUGUGCAGCAUUUUAACCAUUCUUACAUAAUUUUCAAAGAAUUUGCGAAGGAUUGCUAUGAUAAAGUAAAAACAGGACUAAAAGACAUGAAAGCAUUGGUAUUGAAAAUUGAGCAGCUGAGGGGGAUAGACAACAAUAAAAAUCUUUUGCAAUAUGCCUGUGAGAUGGUAGAAAGCAAUAUUUUGUAUAACAUUUAUGAUAAACUUUUCAGACAUAUGAUAGAGUUUCAUAUACAAAAAGAGCAAGAGUUCAAAAAAGACUCACUCCCACCUCUGUAAGAGAACAAAGCCAUUGGAAAACACUAUUUUUUGGAUAAAAACCCACCAUCCAUGAGAGAACAAAACAUUUUUUAUAAAAAAAUAUUAUAUAUAAGUAAUAAUUAGUAGAAUGAAAUCUCUGUUUAAUUUCAAACAGUUUACAUUCUAAAACAUAAAUAUUACAAAUUAAAUUAAUUUUUUACUUUCAAUUUUUUACGAAUUGGAAAAAAUUUUACUAUAAUUUAUAUAUAAAUUUUUUAAAAAAAAAUAUUAACCCUUCUGUGAGCGAACAAAAUGAUUUUUAUUCGCUCAUGGAAGGAGGGGGAGCCAGAAAAAUUACUGAAGCAGUUACCUAUUGAUAGCUUUGGGUUUGAUACAGAUUUACAAGGAUGCAGAUUUGAUGAGAGCUUAGAAGUUCUGAACUCCAUAAACGAUUUUAAAACACCAUGAGAAAAAGGAGAAGUUCUGACAAAAUUAGCAGGUUCAAUUGAUAAAUGCUGCAAAAAUUUCCUCCUAUUGAAAAAUCAUCCAAAAGCUGAGCGCUGGGAAACUACAGCUGAUCAAUAUUUCCCCCUUUUAACUUAUUUUUUAGCAUCAUAUCAGCCUCGCAACAUCCACGCCAAUUUGACAUUUAUUCUUGAAUUUUCUAUUUGCCCUGCAGCUUCAAGUGAACAAAGAUACCAUUUAACUAACCUGAUGGCAGCCUUACAGACAAUUCACCAAAUGGCUGAAGAUUCUUCUAAACCUCAAAUAGUAAGUAUCCAGCCACCUGCAGAAGAGGAGUCUCCAAAACCGAUAAGAAAGAAAAAGUCAAGGAUGAGGAAUACAAUAGCAGUAAUAAGCAUUGAAGAAGACAGUGAUGAAGAAAUCAAUCAUCCAGAUACGUCAUAUGGAGUAUUUGGGCCGCCUAGUAAGCGUAUUUUGUGAUAA